UCAAAAUUUCAUCGACAGAGGCCUGGCCUGUCAGCAGCUUACUGUAACAAAUUGCUUUAAAUCAGCGCAACAGUGUUGUAGUCUUCAAUAUAAUAGCUUUGAGGGUUGUUUUUGGUUUUGUAAUCUGAGGAGGGCAUCGAGGGCGUGUUUGGCUCCAGCAAGUCUUCCUGUUCCCAGUCUGGAGGAAAUUGCUCUUUCAUAAAUAAACAUAGCAGUUUUUUGCUCUGAUCGUUUGAGCAUGUUUACCGUUCUGCUCAUUUGCGGAGGACUCGUCGGGUUUUACCUGCUGAUGUGGGUGACGGUGUUGCAACAGCCAAAAUGUAAGAGCACAGCAAAGCUGUACGGGAGGACAGUGAUCGUGACUGGAGCAAACACGGGAAUCGGUAAAGCCACCGCGCUGGAUCUGGCAAAAAGAGGAGCUCGUGUGAUUCUCGCCUGCAGGGAUGAAAGGCGAGCUCAGGCUGCUGUCACAGACAUCCAGAGGGAAUCCGGAAACAAAGAGGUGUUGUAUAUGCACUUGGAUCUGGCCAGUCUGAAAUCUGUGAGGUCUUUCGCUGAAAACUUUCUUAAGAAAGAAUCCAGGUUGGACAUUCUUAUCAACAAUGCAGGACUUCUUGUUGGUGGCAAGACUGAGGAUGGCUUUGGAAGGAUCUUUGGCGUCAAUCACCUCGGUCACUUUCUGUUAACCAUCCUGCUGCUGGAAAGGUUAAAAGAGUGCGGCCCCAGCAGAGUUGUGACAGUCUCUUCAAUCUCCCAUUCAGGGGGGGAAAUUGAUUUCGACUGCAUCAACACUCAUAAAGAUUUGGGUUUAGGAAAUUCCACAUUGGCCUUAUUAAAGUUGUACGGCCACAGCAAACUCUGCAAUGUCCUCUUUACGCAUGAACUAGCCAAGAGACUCAAAGGCACAAAUGUCACCUGCUACAGUCUUCAUCCAGGCGCCAUCAAAACGGACAUCUGUCGCCACAUCGUUCUAUGGAUUUUGCUGCUUUUCUUUGCAGACGUGGAAUCUGGAGCUCAAACGUCUCUUUAUUGUGCACUUCAAGAGGGUAUUGAACCCCUGAGCGGACGCUACUUCUCUAAAUGUGCAGUCCAGAAUGUUUCUGCUAAAGCCAGAGAUGAUGCAGUAGCCAAAAAGCUUUGGGAAGUCAGCGAGAGGCUGGUUGGUUUAGCGUGAGAUUAUGGAGUUGCACUUGCAGUGUAUUUAGUGGCACCUGUGGUCAACUGUGUGGGAUAAAUCUGUUUCUGUAUAUUAUAAAAAGCCAGUGAAAAAUAUACUCUGACCACAACAAAAAAUUAUAUUCUUAUAAUGAAAACAUUCUUUGAUUGUUUUACACAUUGUGUUUGUGCAAAUAUCUCUAAUUAGAAAUAACAUUUUGAAUGUUAAAAAAACAGUUAAAAACCAGUGUAUAUGAAAUGUUUUCCCUUCCUGAAGUUUACCAGGUUUCCUCUGCAUAAAUCAUGUUUCUUUGUCAUAUCAGAGCAAAGACGUAACUCACUAGGUGUGUCUGGGGAUACCUAGGCCUUUACUGUGUGUUGAAUGUGUCACCUCUCCCAGUUAGAGUAUGUCUUUGAUUUAGUAAAGGAACAGCAUGCACUCUCACCUGUGGAUUCCAUGCGUCAAAAUACGUCAAGGAAUGCCAAAAUUGUUGGCCCAGUUACUCAAUUUCUCCAUGAUAAUGAGACUCAGAAUAGCUUGGGGUGUUAGUUCUUUGAUGAUGUCUUCCCACUCAAACAACUUUCAGUCGUUUCCCUCAAAAACUGCAUUUAGUCUCCCUUUUUUUUU